CUUGGUCGACGUCAGGGACUUGAGGUCCUCUGACGGCUGUACAGAUGAUUCAGGGUCGUGUAUGGUCUUGAGCUCACGAAGAGCUCCCUGGGGCGUCUCUGCCCUCUUCAUGAUUUUCCGAUCUUUUUCUUUCAACGCGUGAGACAGGAAGUUCCACGCGUGGAAUGCGAGCUCUACUUGCUCGCUCCGGUACUGCUGUGACAGCGAAAACUUGCUCUUUCCGCUGUUGACGGGGAUCUCCAAGCUCCCGCUCUCUUCAAAUUGUUCCAACAGGUUUGCGCCAUUAGCUGCCAUGCGGAAAUCAUUUAGCCGUUCGUUGAAUCUUUCGAUUUCCCGCUGAACGGAGGAGAAGUGUACCGCACACUUUGGUACCCUGCCGCUGGGGUUGUGCCUCCGUAUCCGAAGCCAACAGCAGCACCACCAUCUUCCAUGGCACUACUAUAAUCUUGGUUGUGAGCAGCGGCUACUCUCACCUCUUGGGGGACAAAGCCCCCUGCUUCGCCGCUGUGUCGCCCUGACGGGCCAGACUCUCGAACAGGUGUGUGCUGCAAAAAUAGGAGGUGGGUGGUUUGUGUUGUAACCACUCGUUUAGGUCUCUGUCUACGUCGUAUAUCAUGGGCUUGUUCUUCUGCACCAAAAUGACCAUGGAGGUUGCGGGAUGGCGUGACCUCGACUUGGGCCAGGAAGCUGUGUCGCUAUCGUCCCUGCCGACUCUGGCCGGAGGAUCCAGAACGAUCUCGGAAUGUGUGAGGACGUUGCCCAGACCAACGCGGCUGUACGAAGCGGGACCAGCGCUUUUGUUCCUGUACGGGAGGAGGAGCCGGUCCUUCAAAGGAGUACUGGUGUGCCUGAACUCCAGCACGGACGGGGGCGCAUCUCCACAUUUGAAGGUUUUGGAGCUGACGCCUUUUGCGAUUGGGGUGGGCGAAGCGACCAUGGGCUUGUUCGAGGGGUCGCACGAAGCCUGGGACCAGUUUCUGGUGGCGGGCGGCGGUUCACUCGCCGGCAGGUGUCCUGAUCUUGGGUGCCGCGGCGUUGCAGGCACGGAUCUCACGUUGAUAUCGAGGCCAUGCGCCGGGAUUCGGCACUCGGUCCUAGAGGGGCGCGGUGACGUGCAGAUGUCGGUGUCGUUCUUACCAAGGUUUACGACUAUUGGAACCUUACAAACAGCGCCAGCCUGGGUACUAGGGACAUCACCGGAGGAUGGAGCCCCCGACACGGUGGAACCGUGGGAUGGCGACGAUAGCGCUCUUACAACCGACGAACCAGCGGCUAAUGCUCGACGGGUCCGACGGAGGAGCUCAAUGACCACCCAGGAAAACGGCGUGACUGACAUUUACAAGGGAGAUGUAUCGUACGUACCCUUGGCAUGGCUCCGUUGCUCGCCUGUCGCAAGUGACUGGAUUGCAGGAUCAAUCCUGUGCGGACUGCAGUCUAAGCGCGGCAGACUGAUCAUGGUUGUCUACACCUCGACGGCCACCGCCUGGGUGUGGUUCGAAGGCGAGAGACGUGAGUCAUCGGUUGUGAUGGCAGCGUCCACGUUUUUGUUGGGUUCACUGUUUCUGUGGAACUACCAGGCGGUUGCCAGAGCCAUUUCUCCCUUCGGCAACACCCGCGACCAGCUGAUUACUCUCAUCUUGGCGUCGCUGUCGUUCUUCUACUCCAUCCUCGCCGGACUGUACCAUCCUAGGGGAAUGCUUGGUGGGGAGGUGUGGUGGCCCACUAUUGCGAUGGUGCUUCUAGUUUGUCUCCUGUCCGUCACGGCCCGGGAAUGCCGCAGACGCGAUAGGAGGGUCGACGCCAAGUCGUGGAUCUCUCUGUGCCGUCGGGGGGCAGUGGAUUUCCAGGAGGUUGGAUGCCUCUUCGCGAGGUGCUGAGGGGCUCAGGUGCUGACUCCAGGGGCUACUACGAUACCAUAGGUGGUACGCAGCGUACUGCGAGGCUACAAACAAACACCCCGAGGGGUCAGCAGGUGACCUUGGAGAGCUCGGGCUGGUCGCAGGGGGAGUUGUCCCUGACAGGAGAGGAGGCCUUUGCACGGUGUGGUGGCACCGACCCAACCUUGGACGCGUGGCUCGCUGCUCUUGUGGGGGAGGUUUCGGAAAACGCGUUCACUCUCUUCAACCAGGGGCCCGCAGUAGUCGGCAGGAUAAACGCAUGCUUGGCGGCGUUAGCUGCUA